UUGUUUAUAUUUGAUUUUUUUUUUUUUUUUUUUUUAAGAUGGAGCCUUCUGACUUCGAAGCCAUGAACUUCACGGUGAAGCCCACAGAGAGCGCGUACCCCUUAUGUGAGAAAUGGCAAGACGGCUCCGAGGGCUCCGUGUUCCACCUCGCUAACAUCUUCCUAUUUUUCGGCUUCAUGGGAGGGAGCGGCUUUUAUGGACAUUUAUAUUUCUUCACCUUCCUGACGUUGGGCUUCUUCUGCACUUCUCUGUGGGCUUGGGCGGACACAUGCACGCCGGACGCCUUCCUGUGGUGUUUGGCGCUCUUCGCGGUGUCUUUGGGCCAGCUUGUCCACGUCGCCUACAGACUCAAGAACGUCUCCUUCAAAAGGGACUUCCAGGACCUUUACAACUGCCUCUUUAAGAAGCUGGGAGUGUCACUCACACAAUACGGGAAGAUAGUUAACUGCUGCGAGGGAGACGUCCACACCAUAGAGAAGGACCACUGCUUCGCCGUCGAGGGGAAGACCACCAUUGAUAAGUUGUCGUUGCUCCUUUCUGGCAGAAUCAGAGUGACAGUUCAGGGCGAGUUUCUACACUACAUCUACCCCUUUCAGUUUUUGGAUUCACCAGAAUGGGACUCACUCAAACCAUCAGAGGAGGGUGUAUUCCAGGUCACUCUGUCAGCCGACAACCCGUGUACAUAUGUGGCAUGGAGAAGGAAGAAACUCUAUCUUCUCUUUGCCAAACACCGCUACAUAGCCAGGAUCUUCGCCCUGGUUGUGCGGAAUGACAUCGCAGACAAGCUGUACUCCCUUAACGACAAGGCAUUCGACUGCGCCGGGCACCGCUACGAUCUCCGCUUACCAAGUUACUGUCACAUGCCAGAGACCGAAUUAGAAACGGCAGAUGUCGUCCCGAAAGUCCCAGCGCAGGAAUGACUGUAUGACCACACGAACACUGCUGCAGGCGUGACACACUUUCACCCACUCAGUGAGCAUAGGAAGAGGUAACGUUUAAUAUGUUUUGUCUGUUCAGACUAUUUUUUUUAAAUGUUUUUUUAUACUCCCUCGCCAUUUUUCCUCAAUGUAAACAUUUUUAAAUAUAUAUUAACAAUGAUUCCACUCACUUUAGUGAACAUAUACAACUCUUUAAAGCAGGGUUUAUUCAAAAGAGAUAAGCCUACUUUCAAAAUCAACAAUAACAGGUUAACAAGGUACUUUUAGGUCUUAAUCAAAACACAGUUUUAUACAAGACUUAUAAUAUAAGUAAGGGGUCUCCGCUCCAUCUCUCCAUCAGUUUGGGGCUCCUUGGCCUUGAAAACAUUGAAGAGCCCUGGUUUAGUUAAUUUCAAAUAGCUUGACAGUGUUGUAGUAAGCAUCAAACGUCACCACACUCGCACAAUUCAACAUACCGUAUUUUCCGGACCAUAGAGUGCACCGGAUUAUAAGGCGCACUGCCGAUGAAUGGUCUAUUUUCGAUCUUUUGUCUUAUAUAAGGCGCACCGGAUUAUAGGGCGCAUUAAAGGAGUCAUAUUAUUAUUAUUUUUUUCUAACUUGAAAACACUUCCUUGUGGUCUACAUAACAUGUAAUGGUGGUUCUUUGGUCAAAAUAUUGCAUAGAUUAUGUUUUACAGAUCAUCUUCAAGCCGCUUUCUGACAGUCGCUUCCGGAUGCCCCGUUUUGUGGGCGGUCUUAUUUACGUGGCUCACCUUCGGCAGCGUCUUCUCCCCGUCAUCUUUGUUGUAGCGGUGUAGCGUGCAAGGACGGGAGUGGAAGACGUGUCAAAAGAUGGAGCUAACUGUUUUAAUGACAUUCAGACUUUACUUAAAUCUCCUCAUCCGGAAACAACAACACCGGAAAUGUGUCCCGUGAAAAACCGUGCGACCGGAACUCUCUAAUAACUAAAGUUGCUUGGGUGAAUAAUGUAAACUCACUACACCGGUAUGUUUUAGCGCUUUCAUGGCGAGUUUACUGACAUAUAUAAGUAAGAACUUUACACUACUUUAUAUUAGAAAUGGCAAGAGUGAAGGAUGGAUGUCCCAUAACAAGAAAAUAGAGAAAAAGAAACUUAUCGACUCCAUUGUCGACACGGACUACAAAGGUGGAUGCGUGCAGUUUUUCAGGAUUUAUACAGAUCCCAAAUACAGAUCAGAAGGUA